AUAUCUAUAAUUCUGGGUUUCAAUUUUUUUUUAAUUCAAUACCUGGUUUAAGUUAAUGCUGUUUGGAUUCCUUUUAGGUGAUAGCUCUUAUACCUGGUUGUCUUGAGAUCUGUUUCACUGCUUACAGUCGCUAUAGAAAUGAACAUAAAGUCAAAACGGGGGGGUGAGACCAUAUAGUCUGGAAGAUCUGCCAAACAAAGUAAAUUGGGACUAAUCUGUGUCACCAUUGUAACAGCUUUUGAACGACACAAACAAAACUAGAAGGCAAAUUCAAGAUUCCUGCAGUCCCACUCCAGUCCAGCCGGUGGCAGUAAUGCAUAAUUUUCUGGUAGGUCUGCCAACUACCGGGAGUUCGCAAGUAAGAACAGUUCACAGCAGUCCACGAGAAAAUUAAAAUCUCACUUGGUUCGUCGAUGUCUGUUCAAGAAAUACAUAGGAUAGGCAAUACGAGGAAAGAGUGUCGUCGGUUUCGCUGUGGUAAACCCUGUUUGACGCCCUAUCAGACGUAAACACCAAAUUAACAGAUCUCCGUGUGCGAACUUGUUUGAGGAAACUCUGGAUGGGAUCAUCUCUGGUCCGUUGCUAACAUGAAUCUUGGACUGCCGUUGAACUCUGGAUGUGAUGAAACACACCAGGUACCCCUGAGACUGAUAGUGAAAGAAGAGGACGUAAAAGAAGAGGAAUAUGGACAUAUGAUUACAUGGCAAGAUGAAGAAGAAAAGCCCAUUGCAGAUCUUCACUGUAAAACGGAAUCAGACUUCACAGAGUCACUAAGCUCCACUUAUAAUGAAAUACUACAGACAACAGUGGAGGUUAAAGUGAAGAAAGAGGAUGAGCAAGAACACAACGAUUUUCUUCUGGAAAAUGCAUCUGAACAUCCCAACACAACACUGCAGAAGAACCAUGGACAGAACGAUGAACUCCAGCAGCGACUCAGCGGAACGCCGUACCGGUGCACAGUCUGCAGGAAGAGUUUCACGGUACGGAGAGAACUCAAGAAACACCAGGAAACACACACUUCUAGUGAUCAUCAAAAACAGCACACUGGAGAGAAGCCUCAUGAAUGUGCCCAGUGUGGAAAAGCAUUCACAGACUCCUCAAAUCUACAACGGCAUAUGGUCGCACACACUGUAAAGAAGCCUCGUAGAUGCCUCCAGUGUGGAAAAGCCUUUAGUAGUGCCUCCCAUCUUCAAAAGCAUAUGGUCGUACACACUGCAGAGUGGCCUCGUGAAUGUGCUCGUUGUGGAAAAGCAUUUACAAGCUCCGGAGGUCUCAAGAGACACAUGCUAAUACACACUGGAGAGAAGCCUUAUGCAUGCUCUUACUGCGAGAGGGCUUUUAAUCAAGCCACUCAUCUUAGAGUGCACGAGCUCUCACACACUGGGGAGAAGCCAUAUGCAUGUGAUCAGUGUGGAAAAACAUACACUACAUCAACGAAUCUGAAACGCCAUCCAUGUUUGCACACUGAAGAAAAGCCACAUAAAUGUUCAGAGUGUGGCCAAGCAUUCAAAAGUUCCUCACAUCUUCAAAAGCAUAUGGUCAUACACACUGCAGAGUGGCCUCAUAAAUGUACCCAGUGUGGAAAAGCCUUUACAAACUCUGCAGGUCUUAAAAGGCACAUGCUCAUACACACUGGAGAGAAGCCUCAUCAAUGCUCUUUUUGCGAGAGGGCUUUUAAUCAAGUAACUAGUCUUAAAGUGCACGAACGCUCACACACUGGGGAGAGGCCGUACGCAUGUGAACAGUGUGGGAAUACAUACACGACAUCCUCAAAUCUGAAAUACCAUCCUUGUUUGCACACCGAGGAAAAGCCACACAAAUGUUCAGAGUGUGGCAAAUCGUUUUAUUUCGCCUCGGGUCUUCGAGAGCACCGGCAGAGCCACAGCAGCGCGAGGACCUUUUCAUGUCCAGUCUGUACCAAGGCGUUCAGAAGCAGAUCAGGCCUGACGAAGCACCAGUUGAAACACCAGAAGCGUCAGCCAUGUUCACACUGUGGCGAAACGUGCGCCAGCGCAGCCGCCCUGGCGGAUCACCAAAGAACACAUUCCGAGGAGAAACGACAUCGGUGUCCGCGGUGUGAAAAAACAUUCAACCACAGCAGCUCUCUUCAACGGCACCUGUUGACACAUGGGGCGGGGGAGGAGCCCGUCUCAUGUUCACUCCCAUGUGGAAGGUCGUCUCGGCUCAGAGGAAGGCCACACCACUGCACAGCUUGUGGGAAGGGUCCUGAGCUCACAGGCCCACUCAAUGAGCACCGAAACACUCACGCGCGUAAACAAACACCCACCUUCGGUGGUCGCGCAAGACGAAACACCGGAGGCCGACGGCACAAGUGUGCACGGUGCGGGAAAACAUUUGUACGCCGCAGUACUCUCAACACACAUAUGCUGGGGCACACUGGAGAGAGGCCUCGUAAAUGUGCCCAGUGUGGAAAAGCGUUUUCGAGCCCCUCACACCUUACCAGACAUAUGCUGGUGCACUCGGGAGUGAAGGCUCACACGUGUGCCCUGUGUGGGAAAGCAUUUCAAACGCACACAAAUCUUAAAAUCCAUAUGCGAAUACACACUGGAGAGUAGCCAUGUACAGUGGGGAAAAUAAGUAUUUGAAAAAACACUUGAUUUCUG